ACAAAUGUAAAAAGUCAGGUGAAGUUUUCACAGGCUUUACUUAAUUAAGAAAAAAGCUGCAAAAUGUAUUUGUACAGUAACAAAAUUAUCCUUUUUUUCAGGCUAACUUUUUUACAGCCCUUUUUACAUUUUAGGUUUUAACUAAUUAUUCAGGUCACCCUGGGAUGAGAAAAAGCCCAUGUCAACAGCUGGUGCAUUAAGAGGACUAAGACUUCAGCUCAAAAGGUUUGAAUCUGUCGGUGAGCGUGUCAAACUCGGCUACUAAACUGUAUUUGUGUUCGGCGAGAUGUUUAGGUGGAAAAUUAACAGAUAGCCCUGAACCAGUAAAGAAGGAAGACAACCAGUAAAAUCCUGAAGGGGAAUCCAGACUAUCAGGAGCUGCAGAUCUUGGCUCCCAAUUUUUCAAACAUGGGGCCCUCAUCUUUUGUCCUUGUUGCUCUGGCUGCAUCUCUCUGUUCACUUGGAAGCCUCAGUCAGGCUUUGCAAGCACUUACUGUCUCUGGCUCAGUAGGGAUACCACAGAGCACAGGUGAUAACACUGACAGGCAGAACGAUGUAGACGGGAAACAUAUGCUUCUUUCAGAGAGCUUUUUGGAGGGGAGCGGACAUAGUGCUGAAAGCAGGACUUUGCUGGAGCUCCACAAUAAAAAUCCAUUCUGGAAGGAGUCUGACAAAUCGAGCAAUGAAAACCACUCUGGGAGUGAAAUCAUAUUAACCACAAGAUCCGCACUAAGUGUCUACAGCUCAGAAGCUUCCAACCAAGGAGCAGACAAAGCUAAAUAUUCAGUUACAGGAUAUACACGCUCCACUGGGGUCUCUGAGAAUGUCUCUCUGGACAUUCAUAAUGAUUCUCAGAAAGGUGAAGAUCACCCCAGACUUCCCGUUCAAACCAGUGCAUUUUCCUUAACGGCUGAUCCCAGCCUUUUGGGACUGGAGAGGCCCAUCUUGAACAGCUUCAAUGGUACCAGUCUUCUCUGGGAGGACAUGAGUCGCACGCUGACAUUUGCUUGGGAGCUGCAUGUAUUUGGUUCUGUGAGCCUUUUCAUGUUGAUAACAGUCCUGGCGGCUGUGGGAAUGGCUGGAGCAUGCUUUCUUCCUCACAUCCUCCGUGAUGCCCUCAUGCUUACUAAUAGUUUCCUAACUAUGGCAGGGGCUUUGCGCACAGUUCCUCUUUUCAUUGAUCCUUACGGUACCCGUCAGAUCUUGUCUCAUGCCACACUGGCAGCACUACAUAACAUUCCUCUGCAUCUUCUUCUUUGGGCACAGGUUGUCCUCGCUCUAGUCACACUAGGAGGGUUCAAAGUUUUACCUUUCCCUAUGAAGGUGCAAUGCUCGUGGAUGGUUGGAUUGCUCGGCAUUUCCCACUGCACUACCUUGUUUUUAUCUGAUCUGUUCUCUUCAGCCUUGCCCCCUGGUUUUCCUCUUUUACUGCAGAGCAUCUCUCUUUGCUGGGGCGUUCCUUUUUGCCUGGGCAUUCUAACUAGGUCUCUUUCCCGUUCACAACCCUUGUCCAGAUCUGCUGUACCACAGUGGGUUCCCUCUAAGAGAACAGAGAGGCUUGGAAAGCGAGUAACAGCUGUGUGCGCCUUCCUUGGUGUACUGUGCUGCAGUCUUCAGAUGUACAGUCUUCUAUGGAUUUAUGGACUUCUGGGGAGCUGGAGGCGCUUUAGUUGGAGUUGGUGGCUCAGUCAAUUUUGGGCCCGAAUUCUUGAGCUAGCGUGGGGAUCCUCUAUUCUGUUUCUUGGAUCUUGGAUCUUCUGGAGACCAUCUAAAAGCAUUGUAAGAGGAAAUCAUCCACAGGAUAGAAAUAACAUGGCAAGGGGAGAAAAGAAAGGUUUGUGGCAUAAAUUCUUUGCCGGCACGCAGAAAGGCCCAAGGAAAAACCCAGAGAAAUCCUUGGAAGACUUGAUGCCUAAUAACUUAGCAAAGCAUAACAUGUCUCGUGACAAUGCAAGGCAUGAUUAUAAGCAGGCUCCCUCUAAACUAGACUAUUGCUCUGAUCCUGUUAGUAUCAGCACAUUGGACUCUCAGACUACAAUGAUGUGGCAGAAAGUCGGUGAGCGAGAAUGUGUUCUCUCACUUAUAGAGUUUGACAUGCUUCCCCCGUCUCCCAUCAACCUCAGGCUCAGCAUUGACAAUGCCCUUUAUCAUGGGCAGCAUGUAGCUGGCGCUGUCUUCACUCCUCCUCCUCCCUCUUGGACUCAGAGUAUGAGCAUAGAUGGAAAGAGUGGACCAACUACAUUCCCUCCUGCCGGCUAUGGGUGGAUGUUGGAUACCGAGUCAAUAUCUGCAUCUUUAGACCAUUUUCAGGCCAAGGAGCCAACACAAUCAGUAAUAUCUACGCCAGACUUUAAUGGUAGGAUUAGAUCUCCAGUAGCUGAACCAAUGGGAGAGCAGUUUUCAGUAGGGAUGCCUCUAGGUGACUUGUCUGAUGACGACGUUACAGAUCUUUAGCCUGUUUGUCUUUAUAAAUGUAGCAUUGUCAGGUCAUUUUUAACUCACAGAAUUAUGCUGCAUGAGCUGUUAAACUGACGCAGUGGAUGGUUUCCUCUGUGCUGUUCUUCCACUGUUUAACUUUGAAGGCUCUAAUAUUGACUUCAAAAACUUGCAAAUUUGCAGCAUUGGUGUAUUUAGUAGUCAUUGUAUCAAUGUUAUUCUUAAAGAUUUUUGGCAGUCUCCAUGAAAGGAAAUGUAUAAAAAGAAAAAAAGAGGAAGAGAUGUUAUGAAUGUCUCUGGGCAGGAAUGUAAACCCAGGAUGGCUUCAUCAAUGUCCAAGGUUUGCAAACAUUGGCUGGACUUUUUAACCAUGCUCAGCCACCACACCCUCCUAAGUCUUUGCUCAUAUUAAUUGGUUUUAUAUAAUCUACUAGAGAGAAAGUUACAAAUGGCAACUCUAGUUUUUUUUUUUUUAUAACAUAAGAACUUUAUGUUUAUAUAGGGAAACAAUUUUUCUUUAUAUAGAACAGAGAGCUUCUUACUGAACUCCAUGAACUACAUCCACAUCUCUAUACUCUCCGCAACAGCUUUGUUGAGUUUUGAAUGCUAUGUAAGCUGGCAUAUGUAAAAUAAUGAAAACCAAAUGAUUUAUGUAUGUCACAUAAGCUUGAUUAUUGUCAGUUUCUUAUAUCUUUAGUGAUAUUUGUGAGUCAGACUGACUCACAUUUUAGAUCAUUUGCCCUUAUCUUUUCCUACAGUAAGCAUUUCUUUAGACAAACUAUCUAUAGAUUUAAAUUUUUUGAUUGGACAAGAAGGUUUGCUCAGUGCAGGAGAAGAAAAAAUGCAUGCUCUUUCAUUGUUCCAUGACAUAGGGCAUAGGAGAUGUAUCAAACACUUAGCCCUUUCUCAGAACAAAACAAAUAGGAAUAAAUGCUGAAAAUGAUAGAACUCAAAGAGUGAGUAUUCAUUGCACAAUUAUAGCUGUAUUCAUAAUUAUAAACCAGUUUGUAUUCCAAAACAAAUAAUAUAAUAAAAUAAUUGUAGAGGUUUUUUUUUUUUUUGUAUUUAUGAGAUACAUAUGAGUUGCAGCAGAAAAUAAACAGCUUUAUUGCACUUACAAAGUCAUGACAUUUCUGACUUAAACUGCAAAAUCAGUCCACAUUGGAAGUAUCACCCUUGCCUCCAUCCUAGUGAGCAUUGGGAUCUCUCAAGGCAGUUUAUCCAGUCCAUUGUUGGCUACACCACUAUAAUGAUAAUGACAGAUGAUACCACAAUAAUCAAAAUCAUUCUUAGGAAUGAUCAUUUAACGAUCAGUGAGGAUUUUAAACAGCUAAAGGAGUUGUACAGAACCAAGUUGAUUGAAUUCUACCAGCAUCCUUACCACUGUGAAUGGUGGUGGAGUGAGUUGUAGUUGGGCAUCCUACGUGGUAUUCCAGCUGCAGUAAGCCAGGAAAGGAGGAAGAGGUAAAGGGCAGUAUGAGGUCUCUCUGUAAAAAUGUCUUCAGAGCUGCUACAUAGACUGCAGCCACUGACAGUUAGUUAGUAUUAAAUUAUUAUCAAGAAACAGUAUUGCACUUAUUUUAUAAGAUAUGUUGUGUUUGUUCCUCUCUGUGGGAUUUUUUUUUUUUUUUUUUUGCACAAUAAAGU